AUGUUUUACAAACAGCCCUUGUCUAUUUAUUAUUACAUAAGUGAGAUAAGCCACUCGUCGGGCAGUACAACUGGAGGUCUGGCCCUGACCAUUGUGGGUAGUUACUAUGACAACCGGCCUCCAUACGUGCAGCCAAAAGUCUUCAUUGGAGACACACCGUGUGUCAUCACUGACUUGGUCGUCGACCAGCACAUUGUGUGUGAGGUUGCAGCAGACCCCCAGUAUAUAGACUCUCAGUUCCCUGGCAACAGGGGAGUGAACUUUGAGUACUGGACCGCCACUGCCAAGGGACAGACAGACCUCAACAGCAUUUUAAGCAUGAGUUCAUCUGACCCCAAUUACCAUUCUGAUUGGCUGGACGAGACGUUCUAUCACGACGUGAACAACACAAUGGACCAGUUUGUGUCCAGAAUGACGACCUUCUUUACUGCUCCACACACCGGAAAAUACCAGUUUUUGCUGUUUGCUGAUGAUGGGGCAAGGCUGUUUGUGGAUGGGGCAAAAUUCUUUGAUACCAAGUUUACCAGCGCCUGGACUGGCAAGGCAGAACAAGAAAAGCAGGCAAUCUCUAUACGGUCUGACAUCACCUAUGAUGUACAGCAACUCAACUUUGCCACUUUCGGAAGUCAGACGUCCAUACAGGAAGUACAGACGGUGGAGGUUACAAGCGGUGGAGAGUUCCGCUUUGGGCUGUUUGGAGCAUACACAGAGCCCCUGACUCUAGACAUGGAUGAUGAGGGCCUGUCAGCUGCCCUCAGCAGCCUGCCCGUACUGGGCCCAGGGGAGGCAAUCAAUGUUGUUAGGAAACCUGUGGACACGCCCACAUUCACCUUGACCUUUGUCUCCAAAAGAGGUGACUUCCCCAGUAUCAGUCUGAUGCAAGUUUUGAAUGGCUCUGACAUCACCUACACUGUAACCGAGGAUAUAAAGGGUCAACCUGACCUGGAUACGGUGUCCUUGACCAUCGGUGGUUCUGUCAGUUUACCUUUCUCUGCCUCUUCACUGAGUCAGAUCACGUUGGAGAGUGUGAUGAACAGUCUUUUCGAGGCCAAGUGUCCGACCAUAUUCUCGGGUAAAGGCAUUGCCAAGCACUAUGAGAGCUUUGAAAGCGCUGGCCUCUUCAAUGGUGAGAGAGUGAAGGAUUCGGAGCCGUUCUGUGGUCGAUAUUCACUCAAGAACCCCGACAGAAUCUACCAACAGAAAACAGACGAGCUUGGAAUCAUGUUGUCCGCCUAUGGAACGAUGUGCUUUGCCUACAAAGGCUUCAUUCAGAGCUACAUCUGGGUGAAGGUGACUCUGAAACAGGCCUCAAAUGGGGAGACUGUCACCAGCUAUCACACAAUCAACCAUGUGUUCCAGACGGACUCCGAUCAAAAGUCGGAAACGUGGUACUACACGUGUGUUGAUGUGUACAGCUCAGUACUGGGUGCCUUUCCUACGGGAUCAGAACAUCGCCUGAGGGAGGCAUGGGUGGCUCGGGGUCAGGCAGACUACUACAUCGACUCCUUGUUCAUAGGAAAAAAAGAGACCACAACUGAUACUGAGGUUCACGUUCGCAGGGCCCCACCUGCACGCCCAAAUGGAGCCCUUAUAAAUGAGGUCAUUGUGACCUCCAUGUCAGCUACCCACUAUGAGGUCACCUUGAAGCCUUAUGAAUGUGGGAACCAGCUACCUAUGUUUGAGCUUGCAAACGCUGAGGUUACAUCUGGAAGCCCGAACAGCCCAAGCAAUGCUGUGACCUCGACCUUGAAGAAUGGUGGAGGGUCAGGGGUAAUUAAGGUCACAAGGUCAUCAGCAGCGUCCCCACCUGUAACUGGUACCAUCGAUGUGACAUUCAACGGGAAAACAAAAUCUGGUUUGAAUGUGUCCUUGAAGGCAGAUGAAAUUGACCGUGACCUUGAGUCCCUCAAUGGUAUUGGGGCGCUCCUUGUUGAGAAGGAGGGGUCAUGUGCGAACUUUGACCUCAUUGUGACCUUCCUUACAUUGCCUGGCAACCAGCCAGAAAUGGAGGUCAGUGGUGGAAGGCUUGUAGGUGUCAACACAGCAACCAGCAUCAAAACGACAACAGACGGUGGUCUAUUCUACGACCCUCUGACCGGCGACAUGCUCUCCACUGUGCAUGCCAAACCGCAGGUUAGGCUGUACAUGAAUGACAUCCCUGCAGCGUGCCACACAGACUGCUCUUUCUCAUGGGAGACUGUUUUGAACCCUUCCGUAACCAGCGUUUCACCCACUUCUGGCACAUCAGCUCUAAGUACAUCAAUCACUAUCCAAGGAACAGGCUUCAGCAAUGUUGUUGCAGACAACAUGGUCACCAUAGCGGGUGUUCCCUGCACUGUAACCACAGCAACAAGCACCAGUAUUGUGUGUGACGUAGGUAAUGGUCCUGUGGGGGCACAUGCUAUGCGCGUCAAUGUGGCAGGAAAGGGGUUUGCCACUGGCAAUGUGCAGUUCACCUAUGUCGCUAACAUAGACAGAAUCUCACCAACAUCUGGAAGUUUUGGAGGUGGUCUGACACUCACCAUCUCUGGUUAUGGGUUCAAAUCUGAUGCUGUGGUCACUGUAGCAGCCAACCCUUGCAAAGUUGUCAGCGCCGAGCCAGGCACGGUGAAGUGUAUCGUCCCAACUGCAGCUUCCCCAGGGACGUAUGAUGUUGCUGUGAGCCAAGGUGGACAAACCUUGACGUUUUCAGGGUUUACGUACGACAACUCCUUGACAGCUGUUAUCACUUCCAUAUCCAGUACAUCCAUACCAGCAACAGGCGCAAAUCUUACCAUAUCUGGUACCUCAUUUGGGGCAUACCCUGGAUCAGUGUACAUCGGUGAUGAGGAAGUGAUGACCACAUCCUGGUCUGACAGCACUAUUGAGGUCAGUGCCGUAGUAACCACUGCUGGUGACCUCGACCUUAGUGUGGAAACGAUGAACGGGCUCGCAGUGGACAGCAAAGCUCAGAUUCCAACAAUCAACGUAGACCUCAAGAUUACCAACGUCUACCCUCUUAAGGGUUCUGUACAGGGCGGCACAAAACUUACCAUAACCGGCUCAGGCUUUGGAACAGAUGCUGACCUACUUUCAGUGAAGGUCGGAGAAUUCAACUGUGAAGUGGUAACAGUUACAAACUCAAAAAUCGUGUGUCUGGUUGAAAAUGCGGGAACGGUUCAUAAGGUCACUAAUAACGGCAUUGAUCCUGCAUUCGGAGUCUUCUAUGCCUUUGACAAGCCCUAUUUGACUGUGGCUGUUGGAGACUAUGUGCAGUGGACAUGGAAGACCCCAGUCUUUGUGAACAACGUGGCCCACGGCAUAUAUGAGGUGUCAAGCCCGAGCUCCACUAUGCCCAAGGUUGGGGGUUUCAACAGUGGACCACCCACGCCAGACGGCAUGUUCAAGUACCAGUUUUCGAAGGUUGGGACCUACUAUGUUUGGAGCGGUUAUGUAGACGAGUGGUUUAUAAAGAGCUACACAGGCACUGUGGAAGUGGUGGAGGCACAGUCUAGAAGUGGGCAGGUCUCCGUCACACUCGGCGGCGUACAGGCAUUACAUGAACUUGGAGGAUCAGCUGAUCCGGUGGAUUCAAGCUCCUGCGGUCACCUGAUUUCUGCAAAGUCAGGAUGUACAGACUCCCCACCCACUCACAAUGACACAGCAAAAUUUAACUUCGCCUUUCAUCCAUGUAGCUCCCCUGUUGUAACCUCCAUUAAUGCUAACAACGGGACUGCUAAGUCUGAAAUAACCAUCACAGGGUCUGGAUUUUCGGCAAAGAGCUGCCAGAACGAAGUGACCUUUGGUGGACACUCCUGUGACAUCAUUGAAACAUCAGAAUUGUCGAUAAAAUGCAUGAUAUCAAAAUCAGAUGAACCAGAGAUUGCAACGUAUUUACCACUUAAUGUCAGAGUUCACAAUAGAGGUAAUGCCAUUGUAAACAUAAUGAACGCUGAAGAUAAAGCGUUUGCCGUGAUUCCAAGCAUCGAAAGCAUCAUGCCAAGUUCUGGAAGCACUGCUGGUGGGGCUUUGGUCACGAUAACAGGAUAUGGGUUUGCUACCAAGCCGGUUGUUAUGAUGGAUGCUUUAGAGUGUAAAGUUAUGGAAAGCUCCUACACAGAGAUUAUCUGCGAAACCCCGCCGUCUGUGCAAGACACGCGAAACAUUACUGUUACUAUGAUGGUAAAUGGUGCCCCACUAGAUGCGAAAUGUGAAACGCUCACUGGAAAGUGCAGAUAUUCCUUUGUAAACAUCUAUACGCCCAAGAUAGUCAGUAUAAGUCCAACAACGAUGUCAUCUACAACUGAAUUUACCAUAACAGGGAGCUUGCUGGGAACAGAUUCUUCAGCUGUAGAAGUCGUAUUUGGAGAUGUUUUUGGAAAAGUCACGUCGGCUACUGGUUCCACUUUGGUGGUUUCUGUAGAUAAUCUUCCUGCUGGUGUAAAUGAGGUCACAGUAAGAGUUGCUGGCAGCGGCAAGGCAAGCGGAUAUGUGACAGUUACUGGCAUGCCAGUGAUCAAUGGAAUCACACCAUCAUCUGGCAGUAUCCAUGGAAACACAACUAUCACCAUUUCUGGAAACGGUUUUGUGGCCGACACCUCAGUACUUAUUGGUGGCUCCAAAUGCACCAUAGUUUCCACUUCACUCUCUAAGGUUAUCUGUGUAACAUCUUCUCAUACCGAUGGAUCUGCUAACGUCAAUGUGGUUUCUAACAAAAUGCCGUACCAGGCAAAGACUUUCAACUACGCCGCCUCCUCCUCCCCCUCGGUUUUCUCCAUCAGUCCUCAAUCAGGUUUGCCUGGAAGUGAGCUAACUAUAUCUGGCUCAAAUCUAGCUGGGGGUAGUGUGACUGUCAACCUUGAUGGAGUUGACUGCCUUGUAACCUCUAACACGGACACUGAGAUACGGUGUAACCUUGGCAACCAUGCGACUGGUUCUGUUCCUGUGCAAGUACUUGUAGAUGGAGUAGGAGCAUCCAACUCUGAUGUGAUGUUUGAGUUUCAGCUUGCCUUGACUUCAGUGUCUCCUUCCAUGGGUGGGACUGCUGGUGGACAGCACAUUGUUCUCACUGGGACUGGGUUUAGUGAGGACGCUGUUGUAACAGUGUGCGGUGUAGCCUGUCCACUGGUUGCCACGGAUACCACUCAGUAUACCUGCAAGACACCUAAAAAUACAGCUCAAGUGUGUGAUGUAUCCAUGACAGUCAAUGGACUAACCAGGACCCUGUCUGGUGUAUACACUUACAGUGGAGCCCUCACUCCCACUAUCAUGGGGCUGAACCCCGCACGUGGUGGCACUGGUGGAGGCACAACAGUCACAAUAUCUGGCUCAGGAUUCGGUUCUGAUGUGAAUGCAGUUAGCGUUAUGAUCGAUGGUGCAGAGUGCAUUGUGGGAGGUGUUAUCAACUCCAUGAUAGAGUGUGUGACAGGCCCACACGCCGGCUCAGUCGUUGCCAUGGUGGAGGUGCAAAUCUCCGGAAAUGGAAUUGCACAAGAAGCAAGAGCGGGUGAUGCAUCAUUCAGCUAUAUAGACGUCUGGUCCUCCCCGUUCACAUGGGGUGGCGGACCCUUGCCAGAGGCCGGGGAUUUCAUAGUUAUACCUGCUGGCAUGACCUUGGUACUGGAUGUCAACACACCUGUACUGGCCUUCCUACUCAUACAAGGUGGGAAGCUGAUAUUCGACAACAAAGAUGUGGAGCUGCAAUCUAACGUGAUCAUGAUCACUGACGGGGGUCUGCUGCAGGUGGGGACCGAGGAGGAACCCUUCCAGCAUAAGGGGAUCAUCACGCUGCACGGACACCACCGCAGCAAGGAGCUGCCCAUCUACGGGACGAAAGUCAUCGCUGUCAGGAAUGGCACCCUGGAUCUGCAUGGUAUUGAGGUGCUGUUGACCUGGUCUCGCCUGGCAUCCACUGCGCAGGCUGGGUCCAGCACGAUAACACUCCUGGAUCCUGUGGAAUGGAAUGUUGGUGACGAGAUAGCCAUCGCCUCCACCGGCCACCACCACAAGCAGUCAGAGAAUGAGAAGAAAACAAUAAAAGCUGUCUCUGCUGACAAGAAAACUUUAACGCUCACGGAUCCACUGAAGGCUACUCACUGGGGCGUGACAGAGAUGUUUGAUGGGACCCUAGUAGAGUUCCGUGCGGAGGUGGGUCUCCUCACCCACAAUGUGGUUGUCAGGGGCAACCCAGACCCCCAGUGGGAGGACGAGAUUAAAGCAUGUGAGGCCGGAUUUGACACAGGAGAGUUUGCUGUGCAGACGUGCUUUCAGGGAAGGUUUGGAGAUGAGAUAGGCAGUAGCCAGUUUGGAGCCAUGAUUCUCAUUCAUUCACCCGUGAAGGACACACAAGAAGUCAAGGCGCGACUCUCCUAUGUUGAGGUCACGUUUGCAGGCCAGGCUUACAGGCUGGGACGGUACCCCAUCCACUUCCAUCUGAACGGUGAUAUGUCCACAAGUUACGUCAGGGGAUGCGGCAUCCAUAAGACCUUUAAUCGCGCUGUGAACAUUCAUGGUGUCCAUAACAUGCUGGUUGAGAAAACUGUUAUUUACGAUAUCAUGGGUGGAGCAUUCUUUCUUGAAGAUGGUGUAGAAACAGGAAACACAUUCCAGUACAAUCUUGCCAUCUUCGUGCGAGAGAGCACAAGUCUCCUUAACGAUGAUGUCACCCCAGCUUCGUUUUGGUUAACCAAUCCAAACAACACAGUCCAGCAUAACGCUGCAGCGGGUGGAUCACAUUUUGGCUUCUGGUACAGAAUGCACAGCCAUCCAGAUGGCCCAUCGUUUGAUCCAAACGUCUGUCCUGACAAAGUGCCGCUAGGUAUCUUCUUUAAUAAUUCUGCCCACUCAUUUGGCUGGUUUGGACUGUGGGUGUUUGAGUUCUAUUUCCCAACCGUUGGAGGCUGCGAGGGCACUGAGCCUGCGCCAGCUGUUUUUGAGCGGCUUUUUGCUUGGAACAACGAAAAAGGCGCUGAAGCUGUCAAUGUCGGGGCUCUGCAGUUCAAAGAUUUUACACUGGUGCAAAACAAACUAGCCGGGUAUGAAGGAAAGAAGGUCAACAAUGUUGCUUUAUGGACAGAUGACAGUCCCCUAAUAAGGGACAGUCUUAUUGUUGGUCGAACCACUGUAAUUCGGGACUCUGUACAGGGCUGCACACAAGGUGGAAUUGUAUUCCCGUAUGGCAGAGGAUUCCGUGCAAUCAACACAAGAUUCGUUAACUUUGAUGUGUCUGAUUGCGCCACUUUCCGUUGGACAAGAAUCACAGGCACUUGCUCACAGUUCUGUGGAGGCUUCACUUACCAUGCCCAGCAACUGAAGUUUGUCAAUGCAGCAAACAAAGCUAUCUAUGAAUGGGAGUGGGAGGGGAUUAUCCUGGACACUGAUGGCACAUCAACUGGGAAAGGCCCUGGAUGGACAGUGCUUCCGAGCUCAGGGACAUUGCCUAGCAACUGUGAGAGUGCCCCAGAGUUCAGUAUUGGAAUUCCCGCCAGCAUGUGCCCACCACAACACAAGUGGCACAGAUUUGCAUUCAACAAUAUUAAGCCAGAAUCGUUGGAAGGGAAAAACUUCACUUUCACCAACGAGUAUGGGACUUCACAUGGACCAUACGCAAAGAAGCGUCUGACACACAAGCCUGGUUGGAUGUGCGCGUUACUCAUGGGCGCCACCUACCAGUUUUCUUUUGAGCAUGGCAGCCAGUUUCAGAACAUUAGUUUUACUGGACAGUUUUAUGACUUUGAUAGUGAUGACUACCUAUUCCUUAAAGUUGAUGUGGCCACAAAACCUGACCGUUUCUCCAUCAAUGGUGGAGCCACGUUUAUAAACGCUACUGACGGAGUUAUUGACCCUGACACUGCCAUAAAUGGCGACUGGGAAUGGGAUGCAACAAAUACUACUGUUCGAUACAUUGUGCAUGGCCGACAGAGAGCCAAACGUGCAAUGUCAUCCUACCCCGUAGACCGGAAAUACAGUCUCACUCUAUACAAGUGCUUCUUCAAAGACUGCAUUCCUCCUCCGGACCCAAACACAAUCCCUCCUGCGUCUGCCCGUCCUCAAGACGUAGAUUUCUGGCAUGAUGCCAAUAUUUGGAACAUGACCACGGAUGGCUAUCUCUCCAAUAUUGGCGGUUCAUCUGGGAUUCCAAAGGAUAUGAGCAAUGUGAACAUUGCAGCUGACACAUGGAUGGUGGUGGAGGCACCAAUAGCCAAGCUUGGUACCCUGCUCCUCGAGGGUGUCCUAGAGUUCAACAAUGACCUGGACGCAGUGUACCACAUAGAGGCCGACUACAUCGUCAUCCGCGGUGGGCGUCUCAUCAUUGGUUGGCCAGAUGAACCGUUCCUCGGGCAGGCCAGCAUAACGCUGCGUGGCAACCAUGACACUCCUUAUUUUGUGCCUGGUGAAGGCCCAGACCUUGGGUCAAAGGCGAUUGGUGUGUAUGGUGGCCUAGAUCUGUUUGGAAAAGAUGUUGGUCGGACCUGGACUCAGCUAGCUGUCACAGCCAAUGUUGGGUCCAACAAGAUCAAGUUAGCUGACCCUGUGCAGUGGCAGACGGGGGAUGACAUUGUUAUUGGUCCAACCAGCUACAACCCCUGGGAAACGGAGUCGUUUAGGAUCACGGCAGUGGCUUCAGAUAAUGUGACUUUGACCUUGAAUGGCACACUCAAAUACAAACAUCUUGUUCAUCAGGAAACCCUAAGCAAUGGAUAUCAGAUUGACGUAGGAGCGGCUGUAGGAUUACUGACCCACAACAUCAAGGUCAUAGGUCAGGACUAUAACAAUUUGUACAAGGAGUCUUUCGGAGCCAGGAUCCUAGUCGCAACUUUGCAAUACAAAGAGCGGACUUUCACAGGUUAUGCGCGUCUGUCGAAUGUUGAAUUCUACCACACUGGGCAGGAGGGUUUCACAGAAGACUAUGAUCCAAGGUUUUCUGUGGCUUAUGUUGCCACGGGAACUGUCAGCAGUAUAAAACCUUCAAAAGUCUUCCGCUGUUCCUUCCACAAUGGAUUUAGCACUGCUAUUGGUGCAUUUGGAAUCGGAAGUUUGGAGAUUUCGGAAAAUGUUGUGUUUGGCAGCAUUGGAAAUGGAAUAAGGACAAGCUCAAAUGACACGCGCCUUCUGAACAACCUGGUAGCGCUGAUGGUGCAUUCUGGGACCUAUCAAGACAGAGUGGGGAAUUAUUGGGAAGCCGGAAUAGAGGCCAUGUUGGCGAAAGAGCUAGUCAUGCAUGGCAACCUUGUGACUGGCUCGGAGAGGCUGGCUUAUCAUGUUGUUCCAAUGGAUUGUGAGGACAAGUCCGGUCGCUAUAGCAAUAAUAAGGCCUUUGCAAAUGUGCAGGGUGUUGUAGUCUUUCCAGAGGAUCAGUUUAACCUUGAUUCAGAGUGCGCGAAGUUGGCAAACUUCACAACCUGGAAGACCCACGAUUUUGGUCUUUAUUACCAAAAUACUUUAAGUUUAGUGGCAGAAAACAAUGUGUACAUAGAAAAUCAGAAUGGAUUGUUAACAAUGGUUUUGAGACCAAUUACUACUAGACAUGAGUUUGCUAACAAGACGGUUGAUGUUCUUGACUCAAUCUUCAUCGGUAGAACUAGCUCAUUUGACUGCAGCAAAGAUGUUUCUCCCGCAAAUGAUCUAAACUUCAACAAGUCUAAUAAUGCAAGGCCCAGUCUUGCUCCUGGAAAAGGAUCGGUUGGUUUGAUUUUCCCGAACUUCUACCAAGCAACAAACAUGGCGCCUGGUAAGCCGUGGAAGGGAUGCAUGGCCUAUAAUGCCAUUGGCGGGUUAAUGAGAAUUUCUGGAAACACUUUUGCCAAGUAUGGGGCAGGAUGCAAGGGUGCUCACAAUUUUGCUGUGUCAACAAACAUUGGAAACGACGAUGGGCAGCAUCCUGUUGAGGCUACCACUACGACAUGGAUCGAUACCGACCAUGGUCACAAAGUUUUCUAUCAUCGGCCAAACGCUAACAAAAUCAACUCAGCUGACUGCGUGGACAUGGACUGUGAUGCGUUAAAGAAGGCACUUCUUAAGGACCUAGACGGGACCUUCCUGGGUCACAUUGGGGCCGUAAUCCCUCAGUCAGAGUUCGAGUGGGACACCAACCCUGUAAGGGGCCUAGGGGACUACAGAAUUCCCAAAGAAAUGCUCACGAAAAUGGAUGGCACCAGGAUCCCCGUUAAAGAAAUUGCUCCUAAGAAAGGUAUUAUCCGCACUGAAAACUGUGUUUACCAGUCGCUAUGGCAAGCGUACGAGUGUCAGUCAGACAUCAACUAUGAGAUGCUGAUGAUUGAGAACAUGGAUGCAGACACUGAGACGCGCCGACUCUCACCCGUGGCAGUGCUAGGCAACGGCUACCUUGACCUGAUCAACGGGCCACAGGACCAUGGCUGGUGCAGUGGAUACACGUGUCGCAAGAGGAUUUCAACCUUCAUGGCCCUUGUUGCAACAGAUGAAGAGUUCCUCAUCCACUUCACCAGUACCACCCCAGAGCACAUGCGAUAUCGCCUUCUCAAUGCAGGACAGGAUGACGCGGUCAAACUGCGUGUCUGGUACUCAAGGUUGAACAGACUGGAUCUCUUUGUAGACGGGACUUACUUGAUAUCUACGAACGCAGAGAUCACAAGUGGUGGUUAUUACAAGACUCUUAUGCCAAAGGGUAACGAACUGGAACCAAUGGUACAGAAUGCCACCGGAACCAACUUCUUUGACAAGGAUACUGGUAUCUUCACGUUUAUCAUCAAAGGAGGGGUUACAAUUGACGUCAAAACCAGUAAAUCUAUUAUAAUCUCAUUCGGAAUCCAAGCAAUGACGCCUGAGGAAUUCUUUGGCGAUAAUUUGGUGGAAAACAUUGCAAGCUUCCUGAACAUCCCACUGACCAAGGUUCGAAUCGUUAGUGUAGUGAGCGCUUCAGCUUCAGGCAAGAGGAAACGACGUUCCAGUGAAGGAGUUGAGGUUACAAUUGAAAUUGCUGAUGAGCCAGCAACAGAAGUCAACUCCACAGUUUCCAGCCCCAUUUCAACAGAAGACCUGGUUAGCUACGCCGCAAGCAUUGUCAACGAGUGUCAAGUGGGGGAUCUGACCUCUUCCUUGAACAUCACAGGGUCAUGUGAGACUGUGAUCCUGCCAUCAUCUGACCCAGACAUUGGAACAAUUGUCUACCAACCACGCGUCCCUCACAAGUUGUUCUUUGAGCGCAAGGUGAAGCCAAAGUAUGAAGGCGUGGUGUUCACAACGCAGCCAAAGAUUCGAGCGGCUGAUAUCAUGGAUGUGGCAAUAGAGGAUCUUGGGACAGCAGAGUCGCCAUGGCAACUGAGUGCCAGCAUUCGUCCCGGCACUGGCCACCCGGAUGCGAUACUCUCCGGCACUCUGAACAUCUCUGUAUCCAAUGGCCAGUUUAACUUCACAGAUCUUGCCAUCUCCCACACGGGGGCUGGCUACGUUCUUGACUUCAAGGUCAUCUCACCAGUCGAGGCAGCGGGCUUCACUCUGGCUUCAAGUCCAUUUGAUGUUGCUGCACGACCUUUGGAACUUAAGGUCAAGGACCAGUCAAGUGGUGACCUUGUUCAGAAUUCCAAGUUCUUUGUCACUUUGGAUAUAAGGGAUGAAAUAACUGGAAAGGUGCUACCAGACGUUUCAUGGAGGGGUCACACCUGGGAUGCAUCAGUGACGUUGCUAGCAAGUUCUGAAUAUGGUGACCUUGAGGGCAACUUGACAACGACCUUCGACCCAGUUUCAGGGGAGGCUACCUUUAUGGCACUGAAUAUGACUGGUUACGGUGUGUACUACCUGAAGUUUACUGCCACAUCAACCCCGGCUGAUUAUUCCCUCACUGUUAACCAUAAACUGGUUGUCAUGAACCAUGCCCAUGUUGGAAUGGUUAAGGAGGAAACAUAUGACAUUGAGGUUAAGUUUGAGGUGGACUUCAACAGAGUCCUCCCCACGGUUAACAAGCAGAACGAGUUUGAACAGCAAGUUCUCAACCUGUAUGCUCACUUGUGGCCGAAGGUACAGCUAACUAUUGGAGAAAUAUAUGAAGGAAGCAUAGUUGUGAGUUUCAAUGUGGCUGGAUCAUUAGCUGACGUAAACAGCACUGCGUACAGCCUGUGUGAGUCUAUCAGCAACAAGACGACGUACAGUUUCAAUGGGUACGAUUUGGAGUUGUCCCCCUUCAUGACAGUGAAUGGGCAGAGUUACUAUGGAGUUACCUGUGGCCAGAUUGCAGAGGAAGAGCAGAGCACAGACAUGCCUGUUUGGCUGAUUGCUGUCAUAGUGACGCUGUCCGUGCUGAUUAUGGCACUCAUUGUAUGCCUUGUUGUCUGGAGAUGUCACAUCAAGCCAAAGACCAAGACACACGUCUCCUACUUGGGUUCAAGAGAGACUGAGAAGCCCUUAGGAAACUACCUCUUCAGGACAGAAAAGUCGUUUGACAGUCUGAAGUUUGCAGAGACACCAAGGAAAGAGCCUCUUCCUCAGACCCCUGAGACAACCACAAGACCGUCAAGGAUCCAGGUGUCACAACCUUCAAAGAACAAUGAGGCUCUCCCUGUUAAUUCAAGCCCCCUACUUCACACCCAUAAUGCUGUUGGGGAAGCCAGUCUUGACAAGGCAGGCAAUAAUAACCCGCUGUACUUAAGUCCUAGAUUGCACAGCAGGAACGUUGCCUUCAUUACUGAGAAGGAGGGUUACAAGUCUGAUGAUCUGCCCUGUUUUUCCACCCGAAGGUUAGAGAUUCGAAACCAAUCACCUGCACCUGCCGAGGAUCUAGAGAAAAGGCUCGGUGACCUUGGUAAAGUAGAAAACGAGGAGUCUGUUUCGUCUCCAGGCGUGAAUCAAACCUUUAAUGAUGCUUACAAUUCCAUGACAAGGACAGCCCCAACUUUCAAGUCCACAGCAGCCAGUGUGUAUGCCACAUCGACAUACAAACCUUCAAAGACAAACGUUGUCAAACAUUCUGGUCCAGUGCGUAAAACGUCCACCACAAAUGACCUGGCAUUGAGUCCCUAUGCAAAGAAUGACCCGACCCAGAGUAAAGCUGCCCAGCAGAAAGUUCUUGUGUCUGCUAGGCCAAUUGUGAACGCAGGUUCUGCCUCACCACUAGCACGUACUGUGCUUACCGCUCCAAAGGGAAGCCCAACAAGUGGCCAGAUUUCAAGGUCAUCUUCCCCUAUGGUUUGUCGACCCCAUUCACCAUUUCAUGAAAAAGAAAGUCCUCUGGCUCCGAUCGAUCAUGUGAGCACCGACUUUUAAGUGUGUGAUCAUAUAAAUGUGCUUCUGUUUCAAUUUUGUUUGUUUGGUCUUAAUUUGGAAUCAUGUUUUAUUACCUUGUUGUUUUAGUUACCUUUUUUUAGUGUGUGAUCAUAUAAAUGUUUUAUUAUUACCUUUUUUUCCCAAUGACUUGUAUUCUUUAAUGAAUUCCAUAUUUGUAAUAUCUCUGUAGAGUAAAUUAAUAAUGAAAAUAUAAAGUGGUAUUACUUUUGUGAAAUCUACUACAGUCUAGCUCCAUUAAGUAUUGUGAAAGUAAAACGUUGUUUAAUAGACCCUAUUUAUUUAAUGAAUAUAUUUAAAUUGGACUUGAAACUUAUCUUUUUUAUAAUCUGUAUAAUAAACAAUUAUUUUCUUUUAAUUUUUGCAAAGUUGUUUAAGUACAACAUCAUUUAAGUAUGGUAAGUUUUUAUGCCUUGAUAUAAGUUAUUUUACGGUAUUUGUUAUUUAAUCAAUUGUAACAUGUUCACAAUUGUUAACUCAUUUUUUCGUUUAAACUUUCUAACACCAGUGUGAUAUCAUUAUUACUCUUCUUGAUCUUUAGCAGAAACUAUACCUUUUAUUUCAGAAGUUUUUGAUAAAAAGUAUUCAUGCUUAAAUGUGUGUUCUUCACAUAUGUUGUUUGAUA